AUGGUGUCACUCGCCAUGAAGAGCGGACUUCUCAUGGGCUUCGGGGCCGUGUUCGUUGUGGUCGGAGCCAUCAUGGUGGUAUACUGGCCGUCGAUAUUCUUAAAUCAAUUACAGAAGAUGAUGACCUUGUCACCUACUUCGACGUCAUACGGAAUAUGGCGCCAGAUCCCAAUCCCAAUGUACUUGGAGUGUUAUAUGUACAACAUAACCAAUGUGGACGAGAUCUUAGCCGGCAAAAAUGUCACGUUGAAAGUCGAGCAAUUGGGACCUUACGUGUACAGAGAGAGCCAUUCUAAGGUGAAUAUAACGUGGAACGACAACAGCACCGUGACCUUCUACAACGAGCGCUGGUGGCACUUCCAGCCAGAGUUGUCCAACGGCAGCCUCAGCGACAACAUCACCAGCAUUAAUCCCAUCGUAGCGACCGUGGCCUACAUACUGCGCCACCAGCCGAUAUUCCUGCGCGUCGCUGUGGACGUGUUCAUGCGAAUGUACCACGAGAACCUGUUCCUCACCGCGAACGUGUCUUCGUGGCUCUACGACGGGAUCGAGGACCCCCUGUUCGAUAUCGCGGCGCACUUCCCCGACCUGCCCUUCGCUAUACCGUUCGACAAGUUCGGCUGGUUUUACUCGCGCAACGGGUCCCAAGAGUACGACGGUGUAUUUGUCAUAAACACAGGCGCCUCGGACUUCUCGCAGCUGGGCAACGUGGAGAUGUGGCGGAACUCGAACCGCACAACGUACAGAGACGAAUGUGGCGAAGUGCGCGGCUCCACAGGGGAGCUGUGGGCACCUGAACUUGGUCAGCCGGAGGUGACCAUUUUCGCGCCUGAUAUUUGCACAUACCUAACCCUGCCCAUUAACAAACCGAUCACCGUCGAGGGCAUUGAGGGAAUGCAGUACGCCGCUAACGAUUCCAUAUUCGACAACGGAUACCGAUACCCAAGAAAGGCAUGCUACUGCGAUGAAAUCCGCGACGAAAACUGUCUGCCAUCGGGAGCUCUGAACGUAUCUUCGUGUCGCUUCGGUGCACCAGCUUUCGUCACGCUCCCACACUUCACGGGAAUGGACCCCUACUAUGCGAACAAGAUUGACGGACUUAAGCCUUCUGACGAGUACAAUUUCGAACUGGCGCUGGAGAUGUACACAGGCAUGCCGUUGCUAGUGGAGGCACAGUUGCAGAUCAACCUGUUGCUACGGCACGUCCCUGGUAUCUCACUAAACAACCAGCUGCCGGACGCUGACAUACUGGUGCCGAUGUUCUGGUUCAGGCAAGAGGUGCGCAUCAACGAGGAAUAUGCGCGUCUCGCUCGUUUCGCCCUCAACUUGCGAGACGGCAUGCCUUACGGAUUCUACGCGCUCACUGCAAUCGGCAUAUUAUUAUUGGUGUUUGGAAUCGUAUUUUUGGUGAGAAAUCUGCUGAAAUCGCCCGCAACGGCGCCCAUCCUGAACGAGACGACCGUCCCCGAAGAGACCCAGUGA